AGGGAUCACUAACUAACAGCACCUGUGCCAGCAUGGUUCUUCUAUAUAUUUAUCACGUAAUGCUUGCUGGAAUACUGGGAAUUCACUGUGACAUUAUUACAGUGAGUGAAGUGUCAGUGAGGAAAGGAGGCUCUGUCUCUAUCCCAUGUUACUAUGAGCCACUCUACCAAAAUCAUGUGAAAUACUUGUGUAAAGGAUACUUUUGGGUCAGUUGCUCUGCAGUAAUUAAAACAAACCAACUGAAAACAUCAGAAAAGUUUUCCGUCUCUGAUGAUACAAACCAAAGAAUCUUUACUGUGACUAUUAAUGAUCUGACGGUCGACGACAAGAAUUUCUGGUGUGCCAUAGAAAUUGACAAAGGAAAAGAUGUUAAACAGUAUUUUUGGCUGUCUGUCAGCACAGUGUACUCACUCACAGGCAUGGCUGCCCGUCUCAUCGUUCUUCUGCUCUUCAGUGGACUCAAAGGAGUUCACAGCAUAACUACAGUCAGUAAAGUAUCAGUAAAAGCUGGAAAGUCUGUCUCCAUCCCAUGUCUCUAUGACUCCCGAUACAUGAACCAUGUGAAGUACUUGUGUAAAGGAUCUUAUUGGACCUCCUGCAGCUAUGCAGUAAAAACAAACGAGCCAGACCGUUCAGGAAAAUAUUCAAUCUCUGAUGACAAAAAACAGAAAAUAUUUACUGUGACUAUAAACCAGCUGAAAAAUGAAAACACUGCCUAUUGGUGUGCAGUAGAGAUUGACAGAAGGGAAGAUGACAGAAAGUAUUUUCAGCUGUCAGUGACCAGUCGUACCCCCAGUCUCUAUGUGGAUCAGCAGCACAUUACAGGAUAUAUUGGAGAAAACAUAACCAUUAGAUGUCACCACAGAAACUCUGGAGGAAUUAAGUGGUGCAGGCUGGGCAGGAACUGUGUGACAGGAUCAUCUGGAUCUAUAGAUGGAACAACAGUGACCACUCAUAUGACAGAGAAAAAUGUUUUCACAGUGACCAUGAGUGGACUAAAGCCAGAGGACAGUGGCUGGUAUUGGUGUGCCAAAGGAGACAUUCAGAUACCAGUACAUUUAACUGUUACUGAGAAACUGAUCACUAGAGUUCACAACAUAACUACAGUCAGUAAAGUGUCAGUAAGAGCUGGAAAGUCUGUCUCCAUCCCAUGUCUCUAUGAGUCCCGAUACAUGAAUUAUGUGAAGUACUUGUGUGAAGGAUAUCACGAGAACCGCUGCAAAUACAUAGUAAAAACAAACAAGCCAGACCGUUCAGGAAAAUAUUCAAUCUCUGAUGACAAAAAACAGAAAAUAUUUACUGUGACUAUAAACCAGCUGACAAAUAAAAACACUGAUUACUGGUGUGUGGUGGAGAUUAAUGGUGGUUCGGAUCAUGGAGAGUCUUUUCAGCUGUCAGUUUCCAGUGGUACCCCCAGUCUCUAUGUGGAUCAGCAGCAGAUUACAGGAUAUAUUGGAGAAAACAUAACCAUUAGAUGUCACCACAGGAACUCUGGAGGAAUGAAGUGGUGCAGGCUGGGCAGGAACUGUGUGACAGGAUCAUCUGGAUCCAUAAAUGGAACAACAGUGACCACUCAUAUGACAGAGCCAAAUGUUUUCACAGUGACCAUGAGUGGACUAAAGCCAGAGGACAGUGGCUGGUAUUGGUGUGCUGAAGGAGACAUUCAGAUACCAGUACAUUUAAAUGUUACUGAGAAACUGAUCACUAGAGUUCACAACAUAACUACAGUCAGUAAAGUGUCAGUAACAGCUGGAAAGUCUGUCUCCAUCCCAUGUCUCUAUGAGUCCCGAUACAUAAAUCAUGUGAAGUACUUGUGUGAAGGAUAUCACGAGAACAGCUGCAAAUACAUAGUAAAAACAAACGAGCCAGACCGUUCAGGAAAAUAUUCAAUCUCUGAUGACAAUAAACAGAAAAUAUUUACUGUGACUAUAAACCAGCUGACAAAUAAAAACACUGAUUACUGGUGUGUGGUGGAGAUUAAUGGUGGUUCGGAUCAUGGAGAGUCUUUUCAGCUGUCAGUUACCAGUGGUACCCCCAGUCUCUAUGUGGAUCAUCAGCACAUUACAGGAUAUAUCGGAGAAAGCAUAACCAUUAGAUGUCACCACAGGAACUCUGGAGGAAUGAAGUGGUGCAGGCUGGGCAGGAACUGUGUGACAGGAUCAUCUGAAUCUAUAGAUGGAACAACAGUGACCACUCAUAUGACAGAGCCAAAUGUUUUCACAGUGACCAUGAGUGGACUAAAGCCAGAGGACAGUGGCUGGUAUUGGUGUGCUGAAGGAGACAUUCAGAUACCAGUACAUUUAACUGUUACUGAGAAACUGAUCACUACCACUGACCAUGUGCUGACUGGAACAACUGUCACAUUAAAAAAUGAACAACAGAGAGCUUCAUUUGACCCAAAGAUCCUCAUCAUCCCUCUGAGUGUGUUGAUCCUGAUUGUAAUCGUGGUGUUGAUCAUCUGGCUUUUACUGAGACACAAGCAGAGCAAAGCAGAGUCAUCAGCCACAGCAAUGGCUGGAGAGGAUGUAACAUACUCUGAAGUUAGAGUCAAGAAAAGAAGUUCAGACAAGGUGGACAAAGAAGUAACACACUCCAAUGUGGGAAACAUGAGACAAACACCAGCGAAGUCAUUUCCUGAAAGUGAUAGGGAAAUCAUAUACAGUUCUGUGGUUUUCAUAAAGAACAAAUUGUACUCACUCACAGGCAUGGCUGCUCAUCUCAUCAUUCUUCUGCUCUUCAGUGGACUCAAAGGAGUUCAGAGCCUAACUACAGUCAGUAAAGUAUCAGUAACAGCUGGAAAGUCUGUCUCCAUCCCAUGUCUCUAUGACUCCCAAUACAUGAACCAUGUGAAGUACUUGUGUGAAGGAUAUUACUGGACCUUCUGCAGCUAUGCAGUAAAAACAAACAAACCAGACCGUUCAGGAAAAUAUUCAAUCUCUGAUGACAAAAACCAGAAAAUUUUUACUGUGACUAUAAACCAGCUGACAAAUGAAAACACUGCCUAUUGGUGUGCAGUGGAGAUUGAUGGAGAGGAAGAUGACAGAAAGUAUUUUCAACUGUCAGUGACCAGUCGUACCCCCAGUCUCUAUGUGGAUCAUCAGCAGAUUACAGGAUACAUUGGAGAAAACAUAAACAUUAGAUGUCACCACAGGAACUCUGGAGGAAUGAAGUGGUGCAGGCUGGGCAGGAAGUGUGUGACAGGAUCAUCUGGAUCCAUAAAUGGAACAACAGUGACCACUCAUAUGACAGAGCCAAAUGUUUUCACAGUGACCAUGAGUGGACUAAAGCCAGAGGACAGUGGCUGGUAUUGGUGUGAUGAAGGAGACAUUCAGAUACCAGUACAUUUAACUGUUACUGAGAAACUGAUCACUACCACCUCCUGUACUACUACCCAUACUGUUACUGGAAAUGAACAACACAGAGCUUCAUUUGAUCCAAAGAUCCUCAUCAUCCCUCUGAGUGUGUUGAUCCUGAUUGUAAUCGUGGUGUUGAUCAUCUGGCUUAUAUUGAGACACAAGCAGAGCAAAGCAGAGUCAUCAGCCACAGCAAUGGCUGGAGAGGAAGUAACAUACUCUGAAGUUAGAGCCAAGAAAAGAAGUUCAGCCAAGAUGUCCUUUGCUGAAACUGACGUGGACAGCACGUACAGUUCUGUGGUUACCAUGAAGAAACAAAGUAUGAAAGGGGGUGAAGAAAAAGACACAGACGUUACAUACAGCACAGGAGCUGCUUACAGCUGA